CUACUUCAUUACCACAAGCAGUAAGUUCAUAUAAGCGCCAUGGGAGAUGUCCACAUCGAUUUGAAUACGUUUCAUAAACGAUUAUCGAUCAUUCAACGUCAUUUGGUUCAAGAUAAACUUAAACAAGUAAUUAUCAUUGUAGGAGCUCCAGAUGAUGAGAAUACUUAUAAGAAGUCCAAUGUAAUUCAAAAUUGGUUAUUGGGUUAUGAAUUCACUCAUACAUUAAUCUAUGUAUCGGAAGAUAAAUGUAUUUUUAUUACUAGUGAAGGUAAAUCGAAAUAUUUAACUCAUUUACCCAAUAAACCCAGUCAAAAUUCCAGUGAUGUUGAUAUUUGGAUUAGAACUAAAGAUAUUGAAAAGAAUAAAUCAUUAUUUGUUAAAUUAAUUGAACAAAUUAAACAGGUAGAUUCUCAAUAUGGAAUUGUCAUUAAAGAUCAAUAUAAGGGUAAAUUUAUUGAUGAAUGGACUGACCAAUUAAAGUUAGUUAAGGAUGAAUUAACUGCUAUUGAUAUUUCAUUAUUAAUCUCUAAAUCGAUUGAAAUUAAAGAUUCAGAAGAAUUUAGUAAUGUAUCAACAGCAGCCAAUGCAUCCAUUGUAAUGUUGGAUACUUUUACCAAUGAAAUGAUGACUAUAGUUGAUGAAGAACGGAAAAUUACCAAUUCUAAAUUAACUGAUCAAAUUGAAGAUAAAAUUGAAAAUAAUAAUUGGUAUAAGAAAUCCAAAUUAAGUAAUAAAUUAAAGAAUUUUGAUCCUGAAUUAUUAGAAUGGUGUUAUUCUCCAAUUAUUCAAAGUGGAGGAGAUUAUGAUUUAAAACCAAGUGCUAUAUCAACCAAUAAACAAUUAAUUGGUGAUGGAAUUAUUUUAGCAUCAAUUGGGUUAAGAUAUAAAUCUUAUUGUUCGAAUAUUGCUAGAACCUUUUUAAUUGAUCCAACACCCGAAAUGGAAUCGAAUUAUGAUUUUUUACUUCAAUUACAAGAUCAUAUAGUUAAGAAUUUAUUAAAACAAGGUAAAUUAGCUAAUGAAGUUUAUCAAGGAAGUAUUGAAUUUAUUAAACAAAAUCGUCCUGAAUUAGUUUCAAAUUUCACUAAGAAUUGUGGUUGGUUAAUUGGAAUUGAAUUUAGAGAUUCGACAUUUAUUUUAAAUGCAAAGAAUGAUCGGAAAUUACAAAAUGGUCAAAUUUUUUCAAUAACUAUUGGAUUUAAUAAUCUUAAUAUUAAGGGUAAAAGUUAUGCAGUAUUAUUAAGUGAUACUUAUAAAGUUACUGAAUCGGAAGCUAUAUUAUUAACUGAUUAUUCUAAACAAAGAUCCGAAGUUUCAUUCUUUUUUAAAGAUGAUAAUAAUAAUAUUAUGCCAAAUAAUUCAAUUAAACCAGAAAAGAAAAUUGGAAUUGAAAUUGAUAAUGGUAAAUCCAAAAUUUUAAAAUCUAAAUUAAGACAUGAAUCUGCCAGUAAUGAAGAUGAUGCAAAUGCAGAAAAAUUAAGACAAGAAAAUCAAGUUAAAUUACAUGAAAGAAGACAACAAGAAGGAUUAGCUAGAUUUUCAAAAGCUGAUGCCACUGAUUCUUCAGAUUUUAAACCAGUAUUUAAAAAAUAUGAAUCAUAUAUUCGAGAAUCACAAAUUCCUAAUACUGUACGUGAUUUAAAAAUCCAUGUAGAUUAUAAAAAUCAAACAAUUAUUUUACCAAUUUGUGGUAGACCAGUUCCAUUUCAUAUUAAUUCAUUUAAAAAUGGUUCAUCUAAUGAAGAAGGUGAUUAUACUUAUUUAAGAUUAAAUUUUAAUUCUCCUGGUGCAGGAGGUAAUGUUAGUAAAAGAACAGAAUUACCUUAUGAAGAUAAUCCCGAUAAUUCAUUUUUAAGAUCAAUAACUUUAAGAUCCAAAGAUCGUCAACGUAUGAUUGAUGUAUUUAAAGCUAUUCAAGAAUUAAAGAAAGAUUCCGUUAAACGAGAACUGGAACGUAAACAAAUGGCCGAUGUAGUAACUCAAGCUAAUUUAAUUGAAUUAAAGGGUUCAAGAGUUAAAAAACUUGAUAAUGUAUCUAUUCGUCCUCAACCUGAUAAUAAAAGAGUAGCUGGAGUAUUAGAAAUUCAUGAAAAUGGUUUAAGAUAUCAAUCAUCAUUUAAAUCGGAUCAAAGAGUAGAUGUUUUAUUUUCAAAUAUUAAACAUUUAUUUUUUCAACCAUGUAGAGAUGAAUUAAUUGUAUUAAUUCAUUGUCAUUUAAAAAAUCCUAUUAUGGUAGGUAAAAGGAAAACCUUUGAUGUACAAUUUUAUCGAGAAGCAAGUGAUAUGGCAUUUGAUGAAACUGGAGGUAGAAAGAGAAAAUAUAGAUAUGGAGAUGAAGAUGAAUUACAACAAGAACAAGAAGAAAGAAGAAGAAAACUCUUAUUAGAUAAAGAAUUUAAAGCAUUUGCUGAAUUAAUUGCUGAUUCAUCUCAUGGAAUUCUUGAUUUAGAUAUUCCAUUCCGAGAAUUAGGAUUUCAAGGGGUACCAUUUAGAUCCUCAGUAUUUUGUAUGCCAACCAGAGAUUGUUUAGUUCAAUUAAUUGAUCCACCAUAUUUAGUAGUUACUUUAGAAGAAAUUGAAGUGGCCCAUUUAGAAAGAGUUCAAUUUGGGUUAAAGAAUUUCGAUAUGGUAUUUGUAUUUAAAGAUUUUUCUAAACCCGUAGUUCAUAUUAAUACAAUUCCCAUGGAAUUAUUAGAAGAUGUUAAAAGUUGGUUAACUGAUGUUGAUAUACCUUUAAGUGAAGGACAAGUUAAUUUAAAUUGGAUUACAUUUAUGAAAGCAGUUCAAUCAGAUCCAUAUCAAUUCUUUGCUGAUGGAGGUUGGAGUUGUUUAACUGGUUAUGGAGAAUCCGAUGAUGAAGAUGAAGAAGAUCAAGAACUGGAAUUCGAAGUUAGUGAUGAAGAUCCUGAUGAUGAAAGUGCAGUCAGUGAAGAUGAUGAUGAAGAAGAUGAUUAUGCUAGUGAUUCUGGUAGUGGAUCUGAUUUUAGUGGAGAUGAAGAAGAAGAUGGAGAAGAUUGGGAUGAAAUGGAAAGAAAAGCCGCCAAAGAAGAUAGCAGACGAUUCAGAGAAUGAGAUUGAUUGAAAUUGAUUAUGUACAGUAGUGUUCUUAUUGUUUUGAUUUGAUUUGAUUUGUUUUCAUUUGUACUACUUUACAAUAAAUAUAAUAAAUAUAUACGUACAUG